AUGGAAGGACAAUCCCUUCUCAAAGUAGAUAACAAAAGCCAACUUCUGCUUGCUGAAAAGGAUUUCAAAAUCUCUAUUCCUGAUGAAGCAAGGAUGGAGAUCCAGCAAUUUUCUCACCAAGUGUACGCCGCAGUCAUUAAUUCUCCAGCUGCUCUACUGAGGAUGCUAAUUUCAUUGGUCAGAAAACUUGAUUUUAAUAUUUUUGGGUUGAAGGAUUGUCUAGAAUCUCUUAACAAAUGCUUGCUGGAACCAAAGCAUGACGGUAAAGGUGAUGAAAGAAAAAAGACGGAUUUUCACAAGCUUGUCGUUGUUUCACUUGGAACUGGAGCACCAAAUGAAAGAGACAGGCUGGAGGUUGGAGAUGGCGAAUGGGGAAUUGGUGAUUGGCUUUGGCAUGACGACAAUUCGCACCCGUUGCUGGAUAUCUUGAUGACUGCAGCGGAUGAAUCGACUGAAAUGUAUGUGUCCAACAUCUUUCAAUACAGUGGAUUAGAACACAACUAUACUCGGCUCCAGGCUAGCCUCACACUCAAAGAUGCCAUAAUGGACGAUCCAAGCCAAAACAAUCUGGAGAAUCUCAAGAAGAUCGGUGAGGAUUUAGCGACAAAAAACGAUGCCAAACUUGAGGCUCUUGCAAGGCGAUUGAUAGAUAUAAGGAAAGCUCGCCAAUGA